CUUUUAUGUCAUCUUGAUGGAAAUCUGACAAGCGAUGAUGAACCAACCAUUUGAGUACCGGCACAGAAUGAAGUUUCUCUCUCGGAACGUCGUUGGGGCAUCAUUGCGUGAAAUAUUCAUCAUUUAUCUGCUGAUAGUGCCAACUACAGUACAGAACCAACCUGUGGACACAGGCAGCAGAUCACUUGGAUUUCGAAGCGCAGAAGUUCCGAAAAACCCAGAUGCACAUCAGUUGUCUUCCACAUCCAAUGACCCAAAAGCCCCCCAAAAUAAGCUGGCUCAUGAACACACCAAUGGGAUGCUUUACUUGGAUAAACAAGAAUCAAGAAUAAAAACUUACAUAAACCUUGAGCAAUACAUGCGAAAUUUGACUCGAUCUAUUGGUACAAAAGCCAUCUUCUAUUGCGACAUCCUUGGCCAACCUAUUCCACAAUUCUACUGGUACAAAAACGGACAGCAAUUGUCCGAGAAUGCUAAUCGAAUCCGAAUCGAAACUGGCCUUUGGGGAAGUUCCCCACAACCGGUUUUGCCCUUUUCGGGGAUCAUCAUGUGGGCGCAGUCCCCGAAUUUGCAUCAAUCCUAUGUUCUGCUUAAACCCAAAUUGCACAAAACUAGUGAAAUACACUCGUUUGCAAACCAAUUCAGUUUUACACUACGCGUGGAACAGAUAAAAAAAUCUGACGAAGGGACCUAUAUUUGUGUGGCCACCAAUCCAUCGGGAACGGUGAACGCUACUGCAUACCUCCGAGUUACGGAAAAGAAGAGCCCUCCCCGGAAACAGACGGAUUUUGUCAGGAAUUCCACAGUAACGUUUGCGGAAAAUACCUCAUGGGCCAUCGUGUUUAUGUUACCCGAGAAUAUCAACAAGCGCUCAUCGAAACAGAGAUUUCAAAAUGUGAUUUUGAAACUGGCUGCCGCUCAGCCACUUCAUCACAUUCGCGAGGACUGUCUACGUGCUCUGAUGGAGAUCACAUGCUACUACAACUUUCCUGUAUGUCUUCCUAUCUUGGAUAAGAAUACUGGCAAGGGUAUUGCUGAUGACACACAUCACACGGGACAGAAUCCUUUUACGUCUUAUCAACCGCUAGCGCUCUGUCGACAAGACUGUUACUCUACGAUGCAACAUGAGUGUAGCUCAACCUAUAAAUAUCUCGAACGAAGCCUACUACAUGAUGUACCGAGUAUGAUAAUGGACUGUGAUCGUCUACCCAUCUACGACCCAGAUCGACCCAAUACAUGUCGCUCGAUCAGUCGGCCCGUCCCCGAUGCAAUUGAAGGGUCCCAAGUGGUGAGCGUGGCUGAUACCCUCGAAGGGAUGGAAAAUCCACUUUUCUCCCAACAACGAGAUGAUUUUGGCGAUGAACCUGCACAGAUAAAAAAGAAAUUAAAUCUAUCACUGAAAUCAGCAUCCACCGGUCCUGACUUGGUCCCACUGUUCAUUUCUGUUGGUGUUAUGUUUUUGGUCGGAUUUUCUCUACUGGCUUUCUGUUUCCUGUGUCGCAAGAAUUGGGACCACUCAAUUCGACUGCAGGCUGAUGGUUCAAGUUUGUUCAGUCGUUCGAGGAACAGUUCAGGCUUCGGGAGACUUAAUGGAGUCCCAUGUGGGCGAGGCUCCCACGGGCACCAACUUCGUGGACAAGGGGUAGGUGCACCGAAGGAAUUGAAUAAUUCUACAAAGAAAAGAAAAAUUCCAGGAAUGGGAGCGCACCUCAAGUGUUCAAAGAAAGCCACCCUUCUUGUUUGCCCGGACGACACGUACACCGUCGCAUAUAGUCCGAGAAACAAUACACUUUUCACUCAGUCGGAUUCUUCAACUAAUCUGGCAAACGGCUGCACUGCAGUUUCCAACGCACAGAACAGUCUGUCAUCUGGUCCCAAUAGUCAAUUGGCCCUGGUAAAUGAACUGCCAAAUGUGAACAGCCGUGGCACGAUUGUAACCCCACAACAAGCCCAUCUUCAAAACGGUGCGAUAGCCACCUAUCAUCAGUAUCAAGCCCCGAAUUUCGCCCCACCCCCACCUCUACCUCCGCCCAAUUCUCCAGCUCCGCCACCGCCAGACUCGAGGCUAAUGUGUGUGACGAGCGCGACAAUGUUGCCAAACUCUACCAUAUUUAUGACGACUCCGCAUAGCCUGAGCGUGAACAGCAGUCACGCUGGUGUUAGUCAUCUCCUUCCAGUCUUCGGUCACACUUCUGCGGACGCAUUAGACUGCGGACUGACACCGAACACCCAAGGUCCGUUCGAGGUCAACCCAAGCACGGAGAGCCCAACGGCAUACACAACACUGCGUGAUUCAAAUUCCACCGGAUGCCAAAUAGUCCGACUCCCAGCCUCCCCAAACAUGCAAAAUGGCCAUAAUACCAAUGGGGAGAGGCUCACAUAUGACGGUACCAAUGGAGAACGACAAAAUGGACCAGUGGAAUUCCCGAUCUCUCAGUUAAGAUUUGGUAAGCAAUUUGGCCAAGGCGUUUUCGGACCGGUAUAUAAAGCAGAACUCUUGCCCCACAAUGCCUACGAGAAUGGUGUAUCUGUGUCGGUGAUUGUGAAAACCUUGUCAGCUGGCUGUCCGGCGUCGUUACAGGCAGACUUUCAAAGAGAAGCCGAGUUGAUUUCCGAACUCGACCAUCCUAACAUCCUUAGCUUGUAUGGUGUGAGUCGCCAGCACCCACCGUGGUGUAUGAUCUUCGAAGUCAGCCAGUAUAUGGACCUUUGCGAACUGAUGGCUAUCCGUCGUGCUGCAUCCGGUAUGACUGGUGCCGAAGGAACGCAUUCAUUCAGCUCACCGUUAACAGACGCAGAGAAGUUGCAUGUUUUGUCUCAGGUUGCCUCGGGUAUGGAUUACCUGUCUAGUCAUCGCUUUGUUCACCGGGAUUUGGCCGCCAGAAAUGUCCUCAUUCUAAAUGAUCAGCUAUACUGUAAAAUUACAGAUCUAGGUCUGGCCCGAGACUGUUACGCUGGGGAUUACUACCGCCUACAUCCACAGAGCUUGAUGUUGCCAAUCCGCUGGAUGCCCCUGGAUUCUAUCAUAUAUGGCAAGUUCACUGUGGAGUCGGACAUUUGGGCAUACGGAGUAUUGAACUGGGAGGUAUGGUCUGGUGGAAUGCGCCCGUAUUCAAACUACUCCGAUUUAGAAGUUUUAGAUUUAAUCCAGACGAAACAACUGUUAUCCUGCCCAAAUAAUUGUCAUCCGCCCGUUUACUCGCUAAUGGCAAGCUGCUGGCAUGAAAAACCUGAACAACGGCCAAGUUUUAAGGACUGUUUCCAACAGCUCUCCUAUUGGCAGUGCAACUUUAUCUUUGGUAAUACACUUCAAUUCCCCUCCUCAUACUCAGUCCCAAAUAACUCAGCUGUCCCUCUAGCCAGAUUAAACAUGAACCCCAAUAACGAUUUGGCUUCCACCCACAUCCUUGAACAUGGCCACACGGAAACCCAUUUCUUUGCAAACGGACCAAUCUCCGGAUAUUUGUCACACGAAAAUCCUGUACUGUUCACCAACCACGACCCGGUUUGGUUCGAUCAAGAGCAAAGGACAAGCUUUGGUGCAGACGAGCACUGUAACUCCGAAUCCCAGUCGGCUAACCACAAAGUAUAUCAACCACAAUUCAGUCCCGAUGGAUGUAGUUCCGCUGAGAAUGGAGGACAAGCAACGCAGUUUCAGUUACAUCGGACAAUGCCGAGCCCUCUACUCCCUACUAGCCGCAUACAUUUACAACGCAAUAUGGACACAAUCGAUACGCCCGGUUUGGGAAUGCGCCUCCUUCCCAAUACAACCACAAUGUAUAUUCCGGCAGCAGAUUCUGUUUUAUGAGCUAGUAUUAAAUAAGUAAAGGAGUUGUCUGAUUCAACUACACUUGUUCACAAUUUGUCUCCGCUGAUGAUCGGUCUGGUACAGCCGGAAUCCCUCGCAGGGAUAGACCAAUCAUUUCUGUAUUUUUCAGAUUACUGUGAUAGACAAACUUUUUUCGAUGUUGCAUGCGUUUCAACAAAAUUUCCCUUCUACCCUUCGUUUUAAUUACCUCUCAAAUGAAAUACCUGGUUGCUUCUUUCCAUAUUUCCAUUUUCAUCAUUUUCAACUCAAAGCGUUUUGAUAUGUAUAAAUAUUUAUGAGAGCCGUAUUAUUUAAAAUGGUG